AAGAUUUAAAAAAUUGUAGAUGGCUUAUGGGCCUUGAAGCACGUGUCCACCAGAGAUCGAAAGCCCACAGAUCCAUCUGCUAGUAGUCGCCGGCUUCCUCUCCAGACGUUGGCGCUUCCAACCCGCCGUUCGUGAAUCGCAGCUGGAAGACGCCGGCGAUGGCUCCUCCACCGGCCGCCGACAGGUCCUCGACUAGAAAACGGAGUGGUAUUGAUUCAAAACGAGUUCCCUCCCUAAGCCAUGACAUGUUGUGCAUAAUUUUCUCCUUUCUUGACCUUUUCGACUUGGUUCGCUGCUCCGUUGUCUGUAAAUCCUGGAAUUAUGCUGUUCAUAAGUCCGAGAUAUUGCAAGCGUUUUGCUCGAGGCACCAGAAGCAGCAGAUGAACUCUGGUAGUUCUUCCGAAAUAUCAUUUUCUUCAGAGAAACCAUUGGAGGUAUGUUUAGAGGAAAUAGCGAUGGAACGACACAAGUUGGCUUUUGAAGAAGCUCCUAUUAAAGUUUCUCAUUGGACAGGCCAUUCAGUAAGGGCAGAACAAUGCCGAAUGAAGAUGGGCUUGAUUCUUACAGGAGUGGGUGAUAAAGUUAUGAGACUUUGGUCGUCAGAGAACUUCAGAUGUCUGGAAGAAUAUUCUAUUCCGGCGAAAGUGCCUCUGGUUGACUUUGAUUUUGACGAGGGCAAGAUUGUUGGUUUGGUUGGUAGACAGGUAUGCAUAUGGAGUCGGAGUGGGAAAAGAAGUAUAUUUCCUUCACGUGAAUGUACAUUUGAGAAGGGUUUGUGUAUGCGUUACUUUGAUCCAGAGGCUGUUGUUGGUUGUGAAGAUGGAACAGCUCAUGUAUUUGACAUGUACAGUAGGAGAUGCUCUAGAAUUAUCAGGAUGCUUCCUGGGCCAGUGACAUGCUUGUGUGUGAGUGAUGAUCAGCUCAUACUAGGCGGUUCUGUUCUUGGAAACAUUGGAGUAUCAGGUCUUUUCUCUGAUCAGCGGGUAGCAAUGCUUAGAUCAAGAAAUACCGUAGGCAUAAGGACUUUGUGUUACAACGCUUCUUCACAUUUAGUAUUUGCGGGAUCAACUGCUGGACAUGUCUAUUGUUGGGAUCUCAGGACAAUGAAGUCUUUAUGGGAAUCCCGAGUGAGCCCGAACAUCGUGUAUUCUCUGCGACACCUCCAAAAUGACAGGUCAAGUUUGGCUGUUGGUGGAAUAGAUGGCAUUCUACGCAUUUUAGAGCAGAAUACAGGCACGGUGCGAUCGUGCUGUAUUAUGGAUAGUAGGCUGUUAUCGACAUAUCAGAACGGUCUCGGGGUUGUGGAAGAAAGGAUAGGGAAAAGGGUGUCAUAUGAGACUCCUAUUGAUGCCAUAAACAGAAGGAAUCGGCCUCAGAUCACAAGCUUAGCUGUUGGGAUGAAUAAGAUAGUCACAACGCACAAUGAUAAGUUCAUUAGAUUAUGGAAGUUUCAAAACUAAUUUUUUAUUUCCUGUCGAAUUCAUGGUUCUUUGCUAUGCUCUUAUUUACAACGUACAUAUUUCCUAAUGUCUUAUGAUGAUGAACAAUUUCAAAUUGUGAUAGAUAGAACUUCUUUUUCCAAGGAAAUUUUUUUAGAUUUCAAUUCAACGAUUUGAGAGU